CCUUAUUCGGUGACAGCAAUCCACCCACACAAGGCUGUCAGUGCUAGGAAACCGAAACAACAUCGCUUUUUUGAGAUUGUGUAAAAUAUAUUUUUAUUUUCUAUUGCUCCUUGCUCCGUUUACCAAAAGUCAACUAAACCUUACCAUAAAUAUAAGUGAUAGGGAUGGCCGGCAAAUGAUUACAAUCGAAAGUUUCCUACUAUCCGCUAUUGGAAAUUAACAAACAGAAAAAAAAACUUCCCGUACACAACUGGGUACUGGCAGCUGGGGAACGCACGGCAACACGGUGCCGAAAUCGGUGACUGAAAUCAUGGACGAAGUGCAAACUAUAGAGGCGGCUGUCCUAUCCUUUUAUCGUGGUGGCUCCGAGCAGCAGAAAGAAACGCACAAAUGGCUACAGCAGGUGCAGAACAGUCCACAGGCCUGGUCUUUCUGUUGGGAGCUGAUGCAGCUGAACAAAUCGUCCGAGAUUCAGUUUUUCGGUGCAAUCACACUGAAUUCGAAGCUGCGCAGCGAUUGGGUGGAAGUGCCGAAGGAAGCGCACCACGAACUGAAGCAGAAGCUGCUGGAAACGAUCGUACUCUUUGGAAACGGUCCGAAGAUCGUGCUGAACAGGCUUUGCAUCUCGCUUGGUCUCUUUAUCGUGCACAUGCUGCGCCAUCCAACGGUGAUUGAGGAGGUGACCAAUAUGUUUCUUCACGAACAGUUGGGCAACCUUUCGAAGGUUACCCAGAUCGAGAUCCUGAUGGCGGUCCUGGAGGGUAUCCCGGUGGAGGUGAAAACCAUACGAACACAGAUCCCUCGACCGGUGGUUUGCGAAGAGCUAAACCGGAAUGCGGAGUUUGUCAUGCAAACCGUGGUGACGUACCUGAACGAGAAGCUAAGCCACAGUACAGUCGAACCGCACGACAUGAAUGGGUUGAUAAAUGCGGCCAAAUGUACCGGCACCUGGGUCGCGCAUGGAAACGUCCAUUUAAACGAUCGGGAAGCGAUGGUACAAACGUUGCUGAAAGCCGUCCACUACUGCUACUGGAAGGAACCGAAGGAUGACGGUUGUUUAAUGCCGGAAGAAAACGAACUAGCGGAGACGGCAUUGAAGUCAUUAGCGAACAUUAUCACUUCGUACGCGACUCAAAGCACGAAGUAUUCUUUCACCAUCAUAAGCUACAUGAAGUUGUUUUUGGACGUGCUCGUACCCAUCCUGGAUGCGGAGUACAAAGAGAACAAUGACAACGAAAAUCUUGCCCUCAUAAUCUACGCCCUGUUUCUUUCUACCCUCGAGUGCUUUUCAUCGGCAAUUUUUGCCGGCAUCACCACCGACUCGGAAGAAGUGUCGAAGGUGUACACACGGACGGUCGAUAUGUUGAUCAAAUGUACGGACAAACCGGGCACCUAUCCGGUGGACGAAUCGUGCAGUACGUACGCGUUGGAGUUUUGGUACAUGCUGCAGGAGGAGGUCCUUUCGAUGGACACCAGCGAACGUAAGAAACGUUGCCUGGAAGCCAUUAAACCAGUAUACGCUCACGUGGUAAAGGUGUUGGUAAGAAAGUCCCAGCUACCCACGGAAUCUUCGCUGCACAAGUGGAACGAUGACGAUCUGGAAGCGUUCCGAUGCUAUCGGCAGGAUAUCGGUGAUACGCUCCUUUCCUGCCAUGAUGUGUUGAACGAUCUCAUGCUGGAUGUGCUGUCGGAGGCGCUCGAUGAAUCGAUCAUGUACCUUAGCUACGAUCCACAGUCUACCGAAAGCUGGACGCUACUCGAAGCGACCAUACACGCGUUCUGUUCCAUUGCGCAAAAGAUUGAAUACACCGAACAUCAGCAGAUCGUAAAGUUGCUCAAAAUACUGAACGAAAUCCCGUACGAAAAGUACAACGAUAAGCUGUUCGGUAUGGCACUCGAGACGGUCGGAGCGUACAGCGAGUGGAUCGGGGACAAUCCCAAAUAUCUCCCGUCCGCCAUCACGCUUCUGGUGAAGGGGCUAAACUCCACCAAAGCUUCCCAGGCAACGCUCGGUUUGAAGGAUCUCACAUCCGAAUGCCAGAAGGAGGUAAUCCCGUACGCACUACCACUGCUGGACGCGUGUCGUACGGCCCUGCAGGAAGGUCACCUGAAGAAUGCGGAAAUGAUCCGGCUGAUGUACACCGUCGGUAAUAUACUGAGCGUGAUCUCGUACGAAAACAUCAUCCUCUACCUGGACGCGAUGGUGUCGCCCUGCUUCGAGGAGCUUCAGAUACACGUACAAAACAACGAUCGGACCGAACCGACCAAGGCACGAGUUGUGCUGCGGCUUGAAAUGAUCUCGAAGCUAUUCUCCUCGCUGAACAUUCGGAAACCGACGGAGGGCGACAUGGACAAGGGGUUGGGACCGGAUGCACAGAAGUUACCUUUUCCCGGUACGCCGGUACCGGGCGCACCCGUACAGCCGAUCUUGCUGAUACUGGAAAAAACGAUGGGACUGUUGAAGGAUCUUUGUACGCUGUGGAUUCACGAUGAAACGGUCAUCGAUACGCUGUGCAAAGCGCUGCAGCAAGCGCUCACGAAUCUGAUGGAUGACAUCAAACCGCUGCUAACGGAGAUGUGCUGUCUGGUGCUGUCGAUCCUGAACACUAACUGUGUCGUGUCGGCGGCAGACAUUGCGGGAAAUUUCAUCCUAAUGUUUUACAAAGAUCAAGACUCUAGACAACUCAUGGUGCAACUGUUUACUGCCAUCAUGGACUAUAACUUUAACCAGAUGCAGCAAAAUUUGGGAAAACUAUCCCGGAUAGCGGAUUUGAUUGAAACGUUCUACGCGUUCAACACGAGAAUAUCGAAGAAGAUCCCUAUAUGCUACAGUGAGGUACAGGUUGACUGUAUGAAGCUGGUAGACUUUGCCACCAAGUGUAUGAUGUUACCCGAGACUGGCCCCAUGAAGAAGAGUGUCACGUUUAUCACGAUGUUCGUAAAGGAAUCGACCAAUCAUCCAGUGAUGAUGAAUGUGGUACUGGCCCAGGGUGAAAAUAUCGUUCGAUCUACCUUUUUGUGCAUCGGCGGUACCGCGCUUCGCACACAGGUGGAAAUAUUUGCCGAUAUCUUUCUGGCCCUUAACUACCGCUAUCCGACAGAGUUUAUCCAGUGGAUGAAGCUGCUAGAAAUAACAAACUUCCCGACGGCAUUCGUUAGCGCAAACGAUAAGGAGCAAUUUAUGCGAAAAGUUAUCAAGGAACGUGUCAACAAGCGGCUUGUGCAAGAUCACGUACGGAAAUUUGCUGCACUCUGUAGAAAUAUCGUUGAGUAUGAGAACAAAUAGACACAAGCGAAUUGUACAUGCGUCUGCAUGGCUUACGGCACAACCCUGGGUUCAAAUCUUGAUUUGUUCACGUGCAACGGCGAUACGACGAUAGGACUAGAGUAUUCAGCUUUGGGUAAUCCAAGUCAACAGAACCAGAGUAGGAAGGUGGAAGAAUACCCAGAGCCAAUUGUUGGUAAUAGAGCCAAGUAUGGAGAAGAAAUGUGUACACACCCAAUACCAUCACUCGGAAACUCGUGCAUCGAAGGAACCCCCCGACACGGGAUAGUUUGUGAAGAAAAUACGUUCAAUCUAACCAAUGUGAUUUUUAGCCAGUAGGUAAAGAAAAAGUGGAAAAAACCCUGUGUACAAUAUGACUCCACCCAUGAAUACGAAAUCCAGCUGAGUACGGUGUGUUAUGUGCCAAGAUGGACAUACUAUACAGCGCUUUAACCUGCAACCUGCGUAUGAGCGUUUACAAAUACAACAAGGUACACCGGAUAGCUCCCGCCCUGUUUGUUUGUGUUUCCCUUUCUUAGGAUGUGAAUAAAAAAUGCGGCAUUGAUUUUAUUUUAAUCCAUAA